AUGGACCAAAUACUCUCCCUUUAUCAACACCACCGAAUCCCGGUCUUGGCCGUAGUCCUUGGCAUCGCGGCGCUCCUCACAGCAUGGCUCCACCGUGACCGCAGACUAGACACGAUCCCAGGACCCAAGGGCUACCCCUUAAUCGGCGUCGGCUACAAACUGCCUCCCAAAGCCCCAGCUACCUUCCGCAAGUGGGCCAGAGACUAUGGCGACGUCUUCAAGCUGCGGGUGGGUUGGUACAACUGGGUCGUCAUCAACACGCCCGAAGCGGUGCGCGAAAUCCUCGAGAAACAAGCCAUCAACACCUCGUCCAAGGCGCCCUCUCCACUAGGCCACGACUUGGUAACGGGCGGUCUCCGUAUGCCGACCAUGCCGUAUGGCCCCCAUUGGCGGGCACAAAGGUCCGUGGUGAGGCAGAUCACGUCGGUGCCCAUCACGGCGACGUUUGUGCCGAGCCAGGAGUUCGAGACGAAGCAGUUGCUGUUUGACCUUGCCACCGAUAACGAGAACGAGCGCGACUUUUAUGUGCAUAUGCGGCGGUUUGCAUUUAGCAUCAUCAUGACGAAUACUUUCGGCACAAGGGUCAAGACUUGGGACCAUCCGGAUGUGCAUAAUGCCGUUCGUAGCCAGACCAUACUCAGGGCUACUUCGCGGCCGGGUGCUUUCCUUGUCGAUGAGUUGCCGCCUCUGGCUCAUUUACCGGAGUGGCUGCAGCCCGGAAGAAAAUACGCCGCCGAGUGUGCCAAGCAGGUGCUCGAUAUUAAGAUGGGUCUCUGGCGCCGACUGGAAAAACUGCACGAAGCAGGCCGGGCCCCAGCGUGUUACGGGCGCGAAAUGCUCGAGACCAAGCAAUCCUGGUACGCCCAAGGUCUGAACGACAUCGACCUAGCGUGGGUAGCAGGCGGCAUGGUAGAAGCCGGCUUUGAAACCUCCGCGGCCACACUAAACAGCCUCGUCCUGCACCUCGCCGCCUACCCACGCGUCCAAUCCGUCGCUCAGGAAGAGCUAAUGCGCGUUGUCGGUCCAGACCGCACGCCCACCUUCGCCGACGUGCGCAACCUGCCCUAUAUUCGAGCCUGUGUGAAAGAAAUGCUGCGCAUCAACCCUGUAUUAGCCCCCGGGAUCCGCCAUUACACCGACAACGACAUCGUGUACAAGCACCACGUGAUCCCCAAGGGCACCAUCCUACUCGCUAACACGGCAUUCCUGCACUACGACCCGAGCCGCUACGAAAACCCCUUCGAAUUCAUGCCCGAGCGGUACCUGGAGCACAACCUGUACAGCUCCGAGUACGCGGCCAUGAGCGACCCGUACAAGCGGGACCACUUCACCUUCAGCACAGGGCGACGGACGUGCCCGGGUGCAAGACUGGCGGAGAACUCACUCGAUAUCGCGUUGGCGAAUAUGUUGUGGGCGUUUGAGAUACGGCCGCCGGUUGUGGACGGCGUGGAGCAGACCAUGGAUUUGAGUGAAAAUGCGUACCCGGAUGCGGGGUUCACGACGCCAAAGCCGUUUGCGGCUCGGUUUGUGCCACGAGGGGAGGAUAGGUUGAAAAUUGUGAAGGAGCAGUGGCAGAGGGCGGAGAGGGAGGGAUCGAUAGAAGGGCAUGCAAAUGCGAAUGCAGAGAAACCAGUCACGCAAGUAUUGGUUGAUGGAUUCCUCAUAAUCCCGGUAAUCCUCGAAUGCUCCCCCCUAAGCCACGAACUCAAACUCCUAUACAGACUAUCAACUCCACCAAACGAACACGCCUCGGAAGAACAAGGGGCUCCCGAGCACUGCGAAGAAAACAAAUCAAUCACGCGCCCAGCCCUCCGCAUCUCGCUUGACACCAGCUGGAUCUUCAGCGCCGUCUGCACCCGCUCAUCAUCAAUAUUAAAUGACCCAAUCGCCAUCUGCGCCGGCGCGACCUCCAAUCCCGUGGCCUGCGUCAGCGUAGGCGUGCUCGCGCACCCGGUGCUGACGGUGCUUACCGCCGUGCUCGACCAAGGCGAAGACGCCAAUCCGAAAGUGGAUCCCGAUGCCGAGGCGGGCGCACUGCGGAGUACCGGUUCCACGGCCGCGGCCGCGGGACUCCAAGAGGCGCUUUGGGUGCAGCCAGCCGCUUGUUGA